UUUAUGAAUCAAUAAAGACAGACAGUCCACUGGCAGGAGCACAGGAGUCGUGAUGACGUCAGCAGCAGGAGUUGAAUGGGGCACACGGGGAUGAAUAAUUAAUUUUCGGCUGUGAUCUAAUGGAGGAGUGGGUGAAUAAUUCAGCGCGUCUGUGCGCUCCGAGUCCCGCUGUGGAGCUCCAGCACGGACAUGGAGCACGACACCGAGCGCUCUUCAGCUGCAACCGAUCUCUGAGCUUCUGGUCAUCAGUGUAUCUUCGCUUUAUGUUUGUCACGAUGCAGAAGUGGAUGCUGGUGGAACCUCUCUGAGAGAGACGUGAGCGUGAAAGAGACGAGGAACUGAAGAUUAAAGUGACAAGGAAAAGCUUCGGCCGUGUUUCUGUGUGAAGAUGAUGAGCUCCGUUUUCGCAAAGCUGAACCCCCGGCGGAUCGAGUGGGAGGCGUCAUGGUACGGCCUUCAAUCUCGCGUGCUGCGAACCAAACCUCUGCACUCCAUGCAGGAGGGUUCUGGAGAUCUACAUGAAACCACCAGACUGGCACAGGUUCUCACCACCGUGGACCUAGUGUCUCUCGGCGUGGGCAGCUGCGUGGGGACGGGCAUGUAUGUGGUCGCUGGGCUGGUUGCUAAGGAAAUGGCAGGACCAGGAGUGAUCUUGUCGUUUAUCUUCGCCGCUGUGGCAUCGAUCCUUUCAGGCGUGUGCUAUGCUGAGUUUGGCGUGCGAGUGCCGAAGACCACCGGCUCGGCGUACACCUACAGCUACGUGACGGUGGGGGAGUUUGUGGCCUUCUUCAUCGGGUGGAACCUCAUUCUGGAGUACCUGAUCGGCACGGCGGCCGGAGCGAGCGCUCUCAGCAGCAUGUUCGACUCUCUGGCCAACCACAGCAUCAGCCGAUACAUGAUCACACACCUGGGCACUCUUAACGGCCUCGGUAAAGGAGAGGAAUCGUAUCCCGACCUGCUCGCCCUGGUCAUCGCCGUUAUGGUGACCAUGAUCAUAGCCUUUGGAGUGAAAAACUCUGUGAGCUUCAAUAACGUUCUGAACGUGGUGAAUCUGAUCGUGUGGGUGUUUGUGGUGAUCGCCGGACUCUUCUUCCUGUCUGCAGAGAACUGGGAGGACGGCAGGUUUCUGCCCUACGGCUGGUCAGGGGUGAUGCAGGGAGCUGCUACUUGUUUCUACGCCUUCAUCGGGUUUGAUAUAAUCGCCACUACAGGAGAAGAAGCUAAAAGUCCGAACACCUCCAUUCCCUACGCCAUCACCGCGUCACUUGUCACGUGUCUAACAGCAUACGUCUCUGUGAGCGUGAUCCUCACCCUAAUGGUGCCGUAUAAUCUGAUUGAUGGAGACGCUCCUCUGAUGGAGAUGUUCGCUGUUCACGGCUUCAUGGCAGGGAAAUACAUCGUGGCAGUCGGAGCUAUCGCAGGACUUACGGUCAGUUUACUGGGUUCGCUUUUCCCCAUGCCCCGAGUCAUCUACGCCAUGGCAGGGGACGGGCUGCUCUUCAGGUUCCUGUCCCAUGUAAGUCCAUACACAGAGACCCCGGUGGUGGCGAGUGCCGUAUCUGGGUUCCUGGCUGGGUUCCUGGCUCUGCUGGUCAGUCUGAGGGAUCUGAUCGAGAUGAUGUCCAUCGGCACUUUGCUGGCGUACACACUCGUGUCUGUGUGUGUGCUGCUGCUCCGCUAUCAGCCUGAAGGAGACGGAUUCGUCGACGUGCUCCCAGAGGAGUUUCAGAAGACUAAAGAGGGCGUGCUGGCGGAAUGCGAGCGUGAGUGUGACCUGUACUCCCCCACCAGCGAUGGAGACGAGUACGGCAACGCAUGCGGGGCCAAGAACCUUCCGUCACAAGGCGACGAUGAGAUGCUGAUUACCAAAUCAGACUCUGGUGGCUACCAGUCAGAGUCCUCGGGGUACAGCAUGGGUGAGAAAGGGCCCGAGUUUGAGAAUUCGGACAGCGCUGUGACGUCCAUGCUGAAGAGAGCACUCGGUGCUAAUUACUACACCCUUCGGAUGCGACUCGGACUUCCCGAACCGGGCUCUCAGCCCACACCUGCUACAGGACGCACUGUCACCUACUGUGUCCUCGUCUUCUUCGUCCUUACAUUUCUGCUCUGGGCCGUUGUCAUAUACGGCCUCGACCGAGCCUCAGCAGGCGCUCGCUGGGUUCUCGUCCCGUUCGUCAUCACCAUCAUCGUCUUCAUGACCUUUUUAGUUGUUGUUAUUCUACGGCAGCCUGAGAGUCCCAAAAGGUUACCUUACAUGGCUCCUUGCGUCCCCUUCGUGCCCACAGCCGCCAUCCUGGUGAACAUCUACCUGAUGCUUAAGCUGUCCAGCAUUACCUGGGUCCGCUUUGUUGUGUGGUGCUCUAUAGGUCUGAUGAUUUAUUUUGGCUACGGGAUGUGGAACAGUUCUCUGGAGCUGAGCAUGCGGGAGGAGGAGGCCCAGGCCAGUUCAUAUCAGAGGUAUGAUGCUGGAGUGGAUGAGAGCUUCACUGUGGGUGAUGACCUUCAUGUGAAGGAGGACGGAGAAGGAGGACGGUAUCAAGGCUGGGCGGCCGAGGAGAAGGGCUACCACCAGGACCAGCACCAGGACCAACACCAGGACCAGCACCAGGACCAAUACCAGAACCAGUACCAGAACUACCAGUAGCAGUGCAAUGAACACAGGGCGUCCUCCAGAGGAAACUCCAGAGGCAGGAGCAGUAGCGACUUUGAGGAGCCGGUUAAUGAGGAUUUGUCACCGAUGUGUGUGAAAGUGUUGAGUUUCUUCUGCUUUACUGUUUUAUUCUGAUAAACUGUUCCGUGCUGUUUUGUUAUUAUUUGCUUGAACUUGGUGUAUGUUUAUUCUUAUAAUCAUCAGAAUUAUUGGCACCCUUCAUGAAAUGAGCAAAAAUUUAUAUAUGAAACGAUUGACUUGUGGGUAUGUUGUGUAUUUUUAUUUUAACACAAUACAUUUCUGAACAUAAAAUUGUUCUUAAGUGGUGUGUUUUUAUCCCUACAAAAUAAAAGUUGGUUUAAAAAUAUUGCCAUCCACACUUUAAGUUAAUUAAUUACAGUUGGUUACAAUUACAAUUGGUUUGUGUUUGUUUGUUUGUUUGUUUGUUUGUUUGUUUGUUUACAUAUUCCUUGGGGUGACGUUCUUAAUUUUACCCAAAAAAAGAAAGAAAAGUAAGUCCCCAGUUGUUUGAGUGAUAUGUUUGAAUUGUGUGUAAUGUUAAUUUUAUACAGAAAUUCUUGCAUAUUCUCUUGAAGGGUGCCAAUAAUUCUAGCGCUAACUGCGUGUACUGUAUUUUCAAAACAAAUUAAUGGUCAUGGUGCAAACGUGAUAAGGAAGUAAGCAACACUGUAUAACGCAAUAUUUAACAUGCCUCUACCCUACAGUGCAGGACGAGCAGGUCCCUACCAGGUAAAUAAACAUUAAGGUCCCUAACCCUAAACAUAACCCUGACCCUGACCCAGACCCUAACCCUGACCCUAACCCUAACGCUAACCCAGACCCUGACACUAACCCUGACCCUGACCCAGACCUUGAUACUAACCCUGACCCUGACCCUAACCCUAACCCUGACCCAGACCCUGACACUAACCCUGACCCAGACCCUGACACUAACGCUGACCCUAACCCUGACCCAGACCCUGACCCUAACCCUGACCCUAACACUAACCCUGACCCUAACCCUAACCCUGACCCAGACCCUGACACUAACCCUGACCCAGACCCUAACCCGCAUCAUACAUGUCA